UCCUCCUCCUCCUCCUCCACCUCGUCUUCCUUCUCCUCCUCCUCGUCCUUCACCUCGUCGUCCCCCUUCCCCGACUUGCGCAACCACUCCGGCUGCUCAUGCUUCGUCAUCUCCCACGUCUCGUCGUCGUGAAACUCGAUGCGGACCUAGGCCAACAGAGCAUUUCCGAAUAUGGUUUCAUCCCCUAAGCAUUCGGGCUUGACCCAGAAGAUGGCAUCGGACU